UUUUGAAUGUUGCAACUCAACUGCAGUUAAAUCGAUUGCGUAAUUUAAAAUUUAUUAUCAAACUACAGAGUAGCAUUUGAGGCAUCAGACAACGUAUUCACUUGCACAGAUAUGGAAGUCUUUUUUACAUUUUUGGUUUUUUCUCUUUCGCUAUGUCUUGUUUUAAGCCAAACCGUUCCAUGUGACAUUACCAAUUCAAGAAAAACGUGUCUUUUGGCUUCAGGAUUCGAUGAUUACCAACUUGCAACGUGCUCAUCCAAUUCAAUUCUACAACAAAAUGGAUUCCGUUGUGAAAACAGCUGCACUGAUACUUGCUGGCAUUUGUGUAUGGUGGAGAAAUUUGGUCAGAUAAAUGGAAGCGUCUCUAGUAAUUGUUCCUGCAAGCCGUAUUUUCCUGCGUUACCGUCUUGGUGUUAUACUGCCACUGGUCAUUGUGCUUUUAACAACUGUACAUUUCAGAAGUACAUGUCCAUGGGUUGUGCUCCAACUCAUCUAAGCGUGUAUUUUUUUAACGAUAAUCUGUGCAAGGUUCUUAAUGAUUUUUUCAGGUACCUUGAUUGUAAAACAAAAAUUUGGUUGGAUGGCUUCAGGAAAUGUUUGCAGCAAUAUUUGAUUGACAAUAUUAUCGCAGUUACUGUUUCAUGUUCCGAUUUGGAAUUGAAAGGAGAGGAGGCUUUUAAUUCAUGUAUUCAACAAAAUUAUAGUGGCAAUACAUUUUGUGAGUUGCCAAAUGAAAGUGACAAAAACGACAUAAGAGCGUCAAUGAGGUUACUGGAAACACAAGUAGAAACCAAUCUCCCUGGAUUCAACAUUACUGCUGGUAUUCAAUAUUUAAACUGCUCUUCCAUUUCAUAAACUAUUUUUUUCAUUUCCAGAAUAACAGGACUUUACGAUGGUUAUUAUAACAUGUACAUAUAUUGAAUUAGGUUGUAGAAAUUACAGGUUGUAAAAAUGACUCCCAGUGCAUACUUUAAAAUUAACAUUUCUAAUAUUUCUAACAAAACAUGUUUUCUAAUAUUUCACACAUAUAUUGUAGUAAUCAACUCAACUCUGUUAUUCAGAAAUUUAUUUAUCUGCAAAAGAUUUUGUUUAUUGUUGUUUAUUGAAACGGUGUUUUCUUUAAAUGGGUAGAAACAGACGGUUGCUUAUCACUUGUGAUGUAUAAUAUUACAUUCAUUAUGUAAGAGAACAAUGAAAUUUUGUAAAGCAUGUAAAAGAAUAUUAUGAAAUGUCUCGUCUAAAACUCUUGUGCAUAAUAAGUUCACGCCAUAUACGACAAGAUCGUGCCAAAACAUUUCCCUGUAUAUGUAUAUGCCACAUGAUAUUCAUGUGACAAUAUCAUGGGGGAUUUAUGCUAGGCACUAGUGCAAGUGUGAUGUAGACAAGAAACUGAAGAUUUACUUCUUACCUUUGAAAAUACAUGUAGUAUACAUAUGAGUGUAAGAGUAUUUCAAUAGCUGUUCAUGACUUGAACUUUCCAUGAUAUCUGAAUGCUCUUUCUUUUUUAUAUGUAUUUUUUUUCUUUUGCAAAAGAAUGUAUAAAAUUCUUACAUAUUUACAACAUUAUCUAGGUUAAGGUACUUCACUACACCGAGACUUAUACUUUUUAAGACACUACAUCACAAGAUGGCGGAUUAAAUGUUUUGUUAAACUGUUUGUAUCAAUCGAUUCAGAUGUGUAUCGUCAUAGCUCAGUGGUUAAGGUAUCAGGCUUGUGAACCACCUGGUGCUUUUGUUUAUGCUUAAUGAAUGAAAUUUUUGAAAAUACCAUUUUUUAUCUAAAAUUGCACAUUUUUUCGCCUAUUUGAUAUAUAUAUACCUCUUAUCCAUCAUGCUUUCUAUCAUAACCAAGUUAUUUUUUGCUGAUUUGAGAAACCAUUUCAAGGUGUAGUGAGGCACCUUAAUUUGAUAACUGGUUAUAUAUUUAUUUAAAAGCAUCAGAUCGUUAGAAAUAUGAUUUACAAAAAAAAAAAAAAAAUCUAAUCAAGUUUGCAAAAUUUUCCCAAACCAAAUAAUGCAAUGUACGAUAUUUUCGAUUCAUGAUCUGUUUUGGUAGAUAAAUUGAAUUUGUAGUUUUAGUUUUUUUCUCGGUUUGGAAGUUUUUGAACAUAUCAUUCGAAUGUAUAAUUUGGAAAUAUAUAUACCCUGUGCAUGUUUUCAAUUUUUUCAUUACUCUGCUGUCUAUUAAAUAUUUUUAGACCAGAUUGAAAUAAAUGAACAUUUUUUGUACCAUUUCAAUUAAAUUUGAAAUUUUGAAACGUAUAUAUAUCUUUAUUUAUAACUUACUAUAUUUUUGCAAUUAACUUUAAUGUUUUACGAUGUAAAUAAUUUUAAAAAGUAAGAAACUGAUGGUUGAAGAAUGAGAAAUUAAAAUUUUAGAAAACCCUGUAAACGAAAUUUUUAACAUAAAUAUUUGCACCCCAUUACAUCUGCACUGGAGGGUCAUAAAAUAACAAUAUUAAAUGACGAUGUACAUUAUGUAGAUUGACAUACAUGAAUAUUCAUGUUCACAUAUGGUGUAUAAUGUUUUGUACAUACUCUUUUUAUUGCACAUUAUA